AUGCGCACGCUAGCAGAUACUACAGUACCUGUACAAAUUGGGGCUGCGGAGUUAAACCUCAAAGCGAAAGACGAUGAGGGUGAUAAGAACGACUUGAAUAGUUUUAUGGACGAGCUCAAGGAGAGCCUCUCAUUAGCCGACGAACCAAUACCUAUCCACCGCCUUGACAAAAAUACAACUGGUGCUCUCGCCUUUGCACUCACUCCGACACACGCAAGAGACCUUGCUGUGCAGUUCCGGACACAUGUCGUCGAAAAAACUUACCUUGCGGUUGUCAGGGGUGGAUCCGCUUCCUUCUCAGGAAGAACGGGAACAAUUCGCGGCGCAUUGUACAUGAGUCGUGGCCGAGUAUCAAUAUCAGAAGUACAAGAGGUCGACAAGAGAGCAGUAGUGGAAACGGAUUGGGAGCUAAUUGCGUCCUCUCCAACAGUACCGCUCAGCCUCGUGAAGCUGCGGCCAUAUACAGGUUUCAAGCAUCAGCUCCGCAUUCAUAUGGCUGAGAAUUUGAAAACGCCCGUACUUGGCGAUACACUCUAUGCUAGCUCGAAGCUAUCUCGGAAAAUCACCGACGUAGUCGCAAUACCGGAUAAACACAUGUUUCUCCACGCCUCUCAGCUGUCCAUCUACCGCUACCGCCCCAGCGGUGCGCAAAAGCGCCUGAGGUUGACAGUCGGCGCACCGCUCCCACCCUAUUUCACGCGUCUAUGCGGUCGCAUCGGUAUUCCUGUGAGCAACGAGCUGAUUCAUGGCGGCUUGUGGCUCGAUGGGCGAAAGGUUCCUACUGCCAAAAGGGCUUCGGCGAAUACUGCGCCCGAUGCAAUGGCAUUGACUACAAGUGACAGCUUGGCUGCGGAGCCAACGCCACCUGGAUUGCGGGAGUCUGAUGACACCACGCGCAUCCUUGAACAGCUGGGCGGUCAAUGGCUCGGACCUAAAGUCAAACUGCCUCCUUUCUAG